AGCGACAUCCUACCCAGUUUAAAAGGUGAAGAAAACCAGUGCAUGAGGGAGGGGGGACUAUCCAGUAAUAUACUGUCUAUACAAUAAUUUUUCACUUUCACUUUUACUUUUUACAUUUUUAAUUUCAAUUAUUCAUACAUGUUAUCUCCAUUCCAAACACUUCCCGAGCACAUAAUCCGUACAAUCACCAGCUACUUCCAUCACCACCCUACCAGACAAGCGCAAACUUUGCAAACCUACACCAAACCAAACCACCAACUCUCCACCACUCACCAACUCUUAUCAUCAUCCCAGCGCUGGCGCACAGCCGCCCUAUCGCAUAUACUCGGCACCAUCACAAUUAUCAUACAGGUGGUCCCCGGACAACAAUUAACCUUGGAUUAUGAUAAUUGGGCAUAUCCACGGCAGGAAUUCCCACUGUGGUUGGCACAGCGGUUUGUUCGAUAUAUCAGAGUCAACGCGGAUUAUGCUGGGAUUUGUCAGGGAGCUGUGGCAAGUGCCCUGAAGAAGCAUCUGAUGGUCAUUCCGGAGGGGUUUUUCAAAACCAGGCGGCUGGAAGUAACAGUCACCGGCAAAACCCCAUAUUUAAACACAGUAUCGGGGGUUUCGUUGCAGGAGGCACUACUUAAUGCGGAUAAAUUUAUGCAAGCUGUCCACCAACUCUCGCCCAACUCAACCACGGCCGGAUUCAACAUCCAUAUUCACCAACCCAAUACACAUUUAAAUAAAACAUUGAGGCAGACUGGGUAUUUGGUCUUAUGGCCUCUAAACUGUACAGACGCAAGACCAGGCAAAUACGAUACUCCGCAUCCUCCGUUUUUUCCUUCUCGGUGGCAUACGGUUAUGAUCUUGGAAUCGACUUUAUUUCAAAAAACAACCUAUCGAGUAUCCACUUUCAACGUGACAUUAACGCAGAUUCGUUCUAUAGACUUUUGCGGUCGAAUAGCCAGUCACUGCGAGAAAUUAAAAUAAAAGGAUUUAUCACAGAUGAUUUAGCCAAACUCCUCAGCAACACGGAAAUGGACACGGAUAUGG